GCUGGGAGCGAGUAUCUUUCGGAUUAGAUAACGUUAGGAUUAAAAUAUGUUUCGAAUAGUUCACUUAGAAAAACUAUUUUUCACGUUCCUGUGGUGUAUCAACCGGUAUACCGAACCGUACAACCUGGACACACAGCACGCGGUAACUCUCAGCGGACCCAACGGAUCCUUCUUUGGAUAUUCGGUUAUGCUUCACGCGCAUGAAGAUCAGACAUGGGUUCUGGUUGGAGCGCCGGUGGCUGAUUCCAAAACCUACCUGGCCGCAAAGACCCCAGGCGCCGUCUACAAGUGCACAUUAAAUGACAGUCGGCACUGCGAGCAAAUUCAAAUGAGCAUGACAGGACCUAUGCCUUGUGGCCAUAAAUGCUCCUCGGAGGUGGAUAACCAGUGGUUGGGUGUCAGUCUGUCCAGAAGACAUGGAGACGGCUUGCUGCUGGCGUGUGCUCAUCGUUGGAAGAACAUUUACCACCUUCCAGAGGGCGAUAAGCUGCCUCUAGGCAUAUGUUACCAACUAGAUGGCGACCUGGUCCAGUCCAUCCCUCUGAUACCCUGUUACAGAGAGGAUGAAAAUGAUUUUGGAGAGGGGUACACCUCCUGUCAGGCUGGGAUCUCCAGCUUUCUCUUGGAGGACCUGAUUGUGAUGGGGGCCCCAGGGACCAACUAUUUCACGGGUUCGGUGAUCGCCUACAACACCUCCACUCGUGUGACCGCCACCUACAUUGACGAAGAAGGCACUGUGCAAUACGGCAGUUAUCUGGGAUAUUCCGUCAGUGCGGGUCACUUCCUGUCUGCAGACAGUAUUGAGGUGGUGGGCGGAGCCCCACAGUACAGCCAAACCGGCAUGGUAUACAUCUUCAGCAUGCAGUCAGACACUCUCAGCAUCAUCGCUGAGGUCACAGGGUCACAGCAGGGGUCCUACUUCGGGGCUAGUGUGUGUGCUGUAGACCUGAACUCGGACGGCGUGUCCGACCUGCUGGUUGGAGCUCCCAUGUUCAGCUCUGUGAGGGAGGAGGGCCGCGUGCACGUCUACAUCAACAUGGGACACGCAAACCUGACCGAGCAGAAGUUUACUCUGGCGGGGAGAGACUCGUAUGCUGGUCGCUUCGGCCAGACCAUCAUCAGCCUGGGAGACCUGGACCAUGACGGCUACCACGAUGUGGCUGUAGGAGCCCCACAGGAGGAUGACCUACAGGGGGCUGUUUACAUCUACAAUGGCAGGAAGACUGGACUGGGGAGAGACUACUCACAACGUAUAUCAGGCUCAGUGAUGGGUAAUGCCUUCAAGAUGUUCGGACAGUCUUUGUCUGGGGGAAUAGACGUGGAUGGAAACGGCUACACAGAUGUAGCUAUAGGAGCCUUCCUGUCAGACUCUGCUGUUGUUCUCAGGACGCGUGCGGUGCUGGUAGUAGAGGCUUGGCUGCUCUUGCCAGAAAAUGUGAACCACUCUCAGCCACUAUGCUCAGACAACGGCCAAUCAGCUGUCUGCAUCAAGACUUCCGUCUGCUUCCGACUGGGAGGGCGACACAGCACAGGACACGUCGACAUGUUUUACAACCUGACUGCAGAUGUCAAGCACAAAGCUGGCUUGCGGCCCCGCCUCUAUUUCUCCACCAAUGGGACGGCUCGCUUUAACACGACGACGGGCAUGGUCAAGACAACGCACAACAACGUGACCUGCACUACCCAUCAGGCCUUUCUGCAGAGAGAUGUGAGGGACAUCUUCACCCCCCUGGUGAUGGAGCUGCACUAUGAGCUGGGGGGUCAGCACAGGGAGGGGGCGCCUUCCCUCAUCCUCCCCCCUCUCACCCCCGUCCUGCAGAGAGGCGAGGAACAACACAACCAGCUGACCAAUCAAACACUGUUUGCCAGGUACUGUGUGUUUGUCAACUGUUCCACCAACCUACAGCUGUCUGCCCAGCUAGUAACACCCAGGAGUCAUAAAGGUGUAGGGUUCAUAGCACUGGGGGAGGGCAAGACCUUCCUACUGAACGUUACCCUGGGCAACAUAGGAGAUGCUGCCUUCCUGCCUACCCUCCACCUCGAUUACCCUGACAACCUGUACUUUAUAAAGGUGUUAACAGCGGGAGAACAACAUGUCAGCUGUCAGGCCAAAGAGGAGAAGAAAGAGUCUGAUGGAGUAGACUGUCACCUAGGAAACCUAUUCCUGAAUGCCCUGGCCAAGGUGAAUAUUAGUUUCCUGAUGGAGGUCGGCGCCGACAGUGAACCAGGCGACCUCAAUGUCACAAUCACGGCCUCCAGGGAGAACUUUGAAAGUGAAGAUCUUCUUCAUGACAACGUGGUCGAUCUGAUCCUGCCUCUGAGAUAUGGGGUCAACCUCAACAUACAUGGGUUUGCCUCACGUCAAGGAUUUGAUUUUGGAAACUUUAAUGAGCCCUACUGCCACACUGAGAGGUUCAACUACAUGAUCAAGGUAGUGAAUGCUGGCCCCAGCCUGUCUCAGGGCACCAGAGUGGAGGUGGUCCUGCCCAGGGCUCUGGCCCCCUACCCCCGUUCCCUGCUACGCAUCCUGCAGGCACAGGCGUCCACUGGGGAGUGCUCUAUCCUGAGCUCUGAGGGUUCUACACCACAGUCUGCCAGCACCAGCCACUCCUAUUGGCCCGGCAUAUUCAGCACCAUGAGCCCUGUUUGGUCCAACCUCUCUAGCACGAUGGACCCUGAUUGGUCCAACCUCUCUAGCACGAUGGGCCUUGAUUGGUCCAACCUUUCUAGCACAAUGGGCCCUGAUUGGUCCAACCUCUCUAGUACAAUGGAUCCUUACAGGACAGACCUGUCCAGUGUCUCGUCCUGGACCAAUGGGAGUAGCCGCAGUCUGGAGGGGGAGGAGUGUGAGGUGAAAAGACCAUCUCCAUUGGAGGAUCUCAUCUUCUACUUCUCCAGAAGAUCCAGGAGACGAAUGUACUGCAUGCGACAGGAUGCCCUGUGUGUGUAUGUGGUGUGUGAGCUGGGGGACCUGGCCGCUGGGAGGGAAGCCGACAUUCACAUUGAGGUGGAGAUGACACCUGCCGUACUGAACGUCUCACCGGGUCGACAUGCGGUGAUGGAACACCAGACCACUGCAGUGGUCACCCCCAGGAAACACCCCUCUGUCUGGUUCCUCACACACAACCCCAGCACCGAGGUGGUGUUGAAAGCCAGGUACAGCUACCAGAUAUCUCCAGAUGUGAAGCUCAUGAUCCUGGCGUCUAGUGUGUCUCUGGGACUCUUCAUCUUCAUCGUUCUGGCCCUCUGUCUUUGGAAGCACGGCUUCUUCAGGAACAAGUACAAGAUGGAGAACUGCAGGAGGCUAAGCUGGGACUUGCUAGUAACUGCCAACCUCGAACAACACACACACGUACACGCUCACGACUAAACAUCAACACACACACACACACGUCUAAACAUCAACACACACACACACGUACACACAAACUCAUUACGCUGUGUGUGCAUACAUAAUAUACAAAUGAAUACGCACACGUACACUUUGACAACAAGCAAAGGAAGGCGAUUGAGUGAUGAUGUGAAUCUCAGACGAGUUGUCAGGAGCGAGGAGAGGAAAGGUGUUUCUGCUUUCCGAACAACUCAGUCGACAUUUGUGUUUGUAGUACUGUACUCAGAGUGAAAGGUUUGUUGCUUUACUGUCUGAACAAAAAUAUGUUUAUUUUCCAUAUUGUGGUGCUUAAUAAAUAAGUCCAGUAA